AUGAUAUUCUCUGAAGAUCAAUUAGAGUACAAUGAAUGCAGUGAUUUUGAUAGCUUACUCAAAGUAUAAUUUUUAGCCUAAAUUAACCCUAUUACUAUAAUAAUAAAUAGACUAAUUAUUUUUAUUAUCCUAUUCAGCACAAUAUGAUAUAAAUUCUAACUAGUCAGAAGAAGAAAUUGCAAGCUUGACUACAAAUGAAAGCUGAACUGAUGGGCAAAGAGCAAUUUUUAUUAUCAAUGAAGGAAGAGUUGAUCAAAAAAUCGCGAUUUUAUCAAACUUAGACUUUUAUAUACAGGAAUCCACAUGAAAUGAAAUAAUUAGCAGCGUCAUGCAAAAUCUUCGACGAUGGGAAGAAAGCUUGCAAGGAGCCACUGGUGAUGGAUUUAUCAAACUGCUUGAUUGUCCUUUACUUUCAAGUCAAGACUUUGAAAAAAUCAUGAUUGGAACUGUAACAGUCCUUGGGAUAUGGACUCCUGAAAUUAUAGACUCUUGAAUUGCAGUUUUUGGGAAACUUUGUUUAAAAGCAAGCAGAGAGCUGAUACUCAAACAUUUUAUACAAUUUGUGAUAAACCAAGCUGAUAAUUCUCAGCAUUAUAUGACAAGGGCUAAUGCGGCAAUACUAAUUGGCAAGCUAAUGAUGUGCAACUAUGAUUUACCAUUAAAUCUAGCUGACACAGCUAUUAAAUUGUCCAAAGAUCUGAAUGAUAAAAUCAGGCUAACAAUUACUGAGCAGCUACCACUUGUGAUUAAAAAAUAUAGCCGUGAGUAUGAAAGUGCAAUUAGUGGAGAACUUUUGAACCUUGUUAAUGACAAAGUUUUGGAAGUUAAGCUAUCCGCGAUUAAAUCUUGUAUUGAAGCUGGAGAAUUUAUGCAGGAAAAUAGAAAAAAUAAUUUUAUGAAUAUAAUUUGUUUGGAAUGGUUCAAAACAAAUAAUUCUAAAAUUUUUGAAGAAAUUGCGAAAAAUUUCGGAAAAUUGGUUUAUAAUUGGAGAUUUCAAUUGAAAUCUGAAGAAUUCAAAAAUGAAGUGAUUUCAUUACUUCACAAAAUGUCAUCUCAUUCGUCAUCUACUAUCAGGAAAUAUGCAUGUUACAAUUUUCCUGCAAUUUUACUUUCAUUAGGAGCUCAAAGCUAUUGCAAUAAAGUUAAAGAUUCUUAUGAAAGAUUUUCAAGAGAUUCUAACAAUGAUAUAAGGAAAAUAUGUGCAUCACAGUUUCAUGAAGUGGCAAAUAUUCUUUCACCUAAAAUUUCUCAGCUAUUUCCAACUUUUCACAUUUUGAUAAGAGAUCCUAGUGCUCAGUGAAGCUUAAUCCCUAAUAUACGUCAAGUGAUGAAGAAUAUUACAAUCCCAGAAACCUAUUUCGAAAUUUUGAAUUGUUUAAUCCAGCUACUAGGUGUUCAGUCAAAUUGAAGAGAUGUCAAAAUUCUGCUUGAUCAGCUAGGCAGCCUUCUAUCAGAUAUGGAUAUGAAUGUAACUUUAAACUGCUUAGUCCCAAAGCUUAUGGACUUAAUGCAUCAUGGAUCCCUGCCCCUGAAACAGCACAGCUCUCAGCUUCUCCUUGAAAUUUUUAGAAAAAUCCAUCAAGAUGAGCUCAAGCACAAUUUUUCAUCCUCAAUUGCCCAGAGUUUUGCUAAUUCUUCAUCAUCCUAUGACAGAAUUCUCUAUAUUGAUUUUUGUUUACAGACCAAAGGAAAUUGCUCAAGAAAUAUGUUUAAAAAUCAUUUUUUGCAAAAUUUAUUGCAAUUAGCUACAGACCGUGUUGAUGAUGUCAGAUAUAAAUUCAUAAGAGAAUUUCCUGGGAUUCGGGAAAGGGUUUCUACGGCUGACCGUGAUUCUUCUCACGAGAUUGAUGCAAUUCUUGAUGAGUUUGUAAAUGAUCGCUGCAAAAAAAUUAAAGAAAAAGCGUAUGAGAUCCAACAAAUCAUACUAAAUGAACGAUAUUGGCAGUUGAUUGACUCCCCUGAAGAGUUAGCAAGAGGCUAGGUUAGGCUAUUAAAGUCAGGCGUUAGCCAUGUUGGUGACGCAUCACAAAAAAUCUCAUGUGCAGGAGGUUCAUCCGCUUUUCGAUUCCAGCCCAGAGGGUCUUCCCCCCGAAAGUGGAUGCCACUUCCGGUACCUUCUGUCUUCUCCUUGCCUUGAGGCUUCAGUCUUGAGUGGACAGCCUCUGGAUUUCUGUGGCCCUGCUACAGGUGAUUGGAGUAGCUUGAUUCCAAGGAUCCUUUGAGCCUAUCGAGUGUUGAAAUGCCAUCCUUCAACAGCUAUAGGAAAAAGACUACUCCGAUGGGCCGAAACUCUCAGUUUCUUGGUAGAGGAAUGACCAUAGGUCCUCAGAUCCAAAGGGCGUUGUUGAGCACCUCCAUUUCCAACCACAGGAAAGCAGCCAAAACCAAUCCGGAUGCACAUAUCUUGAGUCUGCACUUGAUUCUCAGCUCUAGGUCCGUCCAGUUCGCCGUAGCCAUAAGGUGGACUGUUGCGCCAAAAGGGCAGGUCAACACGUGUCGCAAUUUUUAUGUAUAGCAAGAGAAAGACAAUUGAUGAGUUUAGAAAAUGAAGUGAGGACAGAAGAUGCUAAAUCUAAGGAUUCCCCAGCAAAAAGACAAAUAGCUAAAGAAAAAGAAAAAAAGAAAAACUCGCCUGUGUUGCCAAAGUUAAUUCAAUCAAAAUCAGAUACUCCAAUUUCCAAAAAUGAUGGGCUAUCAAAAGUCCCUAGUCAUCAAAGUUUAAGUUCAAAUAAUAAGCAGCCAGCAGGGAGAAAAUCUGUGGGAUCUAAUAAAGGAAAUUCAAAGCCUUUACCAAAGCAGAUUAGCAAAUAA